GGAGACCUCCUGCAGAAAACGCGUCAUGAGAAUGUCGGCGCGUCAGAGCGUGAGUUGUGUCAAUGGAAGCGCAUUUUACUUAUGGUGAUCCUCAGUGAUGUGAUCUGCUUGCUCAUCUUCCCCCUCGCCCAUGCAGCACCGUGCUUCCUGCCACCCCUACGGCCGCGAGCACAUCUGCUAUCGAGAUCCCGUGUGAGAUCCGCCUUAUGUGGCCACUCAUCGACGGUUGCGCCACUCGUCACCUCAUCUCGUCGGGCAGCCAUCGCCGUGGCCUUCGGGGCUGCUGCAGAGGCGCUAUGGGUGGCUUCCAACCUGAAGACCAUUCAGCAAGACAAUGACGUGCUCAAGCAGGAGCUUUUCUCAGCCAUCAGGCCUUCGUCAGGAGUCAGGGACAUCCUGGAGAUCGGCUUCGGGCGCAAUGCAAACCAAGACUUCUACACCGAGAUUGCUGAGCGGACAGGCGGCCUGCGUGUGACGGGCCUGGACAAGCGGAGGGUCAGCUUGAGGGAGGCGGAUACGAUGAAGCGAAGCGCUGCCGAGCAUGGCGUCACUCUGGACGUCAUGGAUGGGAAGGCAGAGGCCCUCCCGUUCCCAGAUGGGUCGUUCGAUGCAGUGGUCUGCAGCUUCACUCUCUGUUCUGUCGAUGAUCCACCGCAGGUCUUUCGGGAAGCGUCCAGGUGCGUCAAUGAGAGAGAGGGAGGGCGCAAGCAAUGCUAUCAAUGCCUUUGUGGUGUGCGUGUAUGUAGAGUGUUGCGGCCUGGAGGCAAGAUGAUCAUGAUCGAGCACAUUGCAGCACGUGAGGGGACUGGCUUGCGUGCGGUGCAAAAUGCCGUCACUCCCAUCCAAGCUGGCCUCAUUGGUAAGCAAGCCAGGCUGAGAAAAGUACCUGCGUGGAUGACUUCUAUGGUCUUGCGUGUUCGUGUGCAGGUUGCCAUCUGACUCGGUCGACCGAUGCGCUUGUGCAAUCUACUGUGAGGCCCUCUGCUGAUGGGGAGGCACCGUUGUUUUCUAGUAUGGAUCUGUGCAGAGUCAUUGACAGAAAUGCUUUUGUCUUCUUCCCUGAGACCCCGGUGCUCUUGUCUGUCGUGACGAAAUGAACUAGUG